CCACCUCGGAAAUACCAACCAGGUGCUGCAGCUCCUUCCUCCCCUGCUCUCCAGUCAUCUCCGCGGGCUCUCCUCACACAGCUCCAUCGCUACCAGCGCAGCGCUGUGAAGGAGAGAAGAAGUCCGCAGUAAACACCAGCCAUGUCCGGCCACUGAGUCACCGCUCCCCGUCAUCUCAGCCUUGUGUGCCCGGCUUGCAUGGGUCCCGGUCGGCCGGCAGGACAAUAAGACAGCCCGCCUGCCCGCUGCAGCAGCAGCUUCGCCUCCUCCAGCCGGGGAGCUUUCUGAGUGUUCCUGCCCGGGAUCCCUGCAGCACUCUCCGCGGGUCCAGAUGGCUGGACACGAGUGGGAGGACUGGUUCGAGCGGGAGGAAUUUAUCGGACAGAUCAGCGACAUCCGAGUGCAGAACCUGCAAGUUGAAAGAGAGGUGGUUCAGAAGAGGACCUUCACACGAUGGAUGAACCUACAUUUAGAAAAGUGUGACCCACCCAUUGAGGUCCAUGACCUUUUCCGGGACAUACAGGAUGGACGCAUCCUCAUGGCCCUGUUGGAGGAGCUCUCUGGCUGCAAGCUGCUUCAUGGGUUCAAGAAGUCCUCCCAUCGUAUUUUCAGACUCAACAACAUUGCCAAGGUCCUGUCUUUCCUUGAGGAAAGAAACGUAAAGCUGGUCAGUAUCGAUGCUGCUGAUGUUGCAGAUGGAAACUCUUCCAUCAUCCUGGGACUCAUCUGGAACAUCAUCCUCUUCUUCCAGAUUAAGGAGUUGACCGGGAACAUCAGGAGCCAGUUCCCCUCCUCCUCCAGCCUGUCAUCCAUCCCCACCAGCUCCGACUCUGACACGUCUUUCAGCAGCACACCAUCAGACGAGAGACAGUCAGCGUCAACAGCCAUGCGAGAACACAGCAAGGCCAUCAAGAAGCUGCUGCAGUGGGUGCAGAAGCGAACACGCAAGUAUAGUGUGGCAGUGCAGGACUUUGGGAAGAGCUGGACAAGUGGUCUUGCCUUCCUGGCUGUCAUUAAAUCCAUUGACACCAGCCUUGUGGACAUGAGGAAGGCCCUGCUGAGAAGCGCCAGGGAGAAUCUGGAGGAUGCCUUCAGGAUAGCCCACUUCAGCCUGGGUAUCCCACGCCUCCUGGAGCCUGAGGAUGUGAUGAUCAACGCACCAGAUGAGCAAUCCAUCAUGACGUAUGUGUCACAGUUCCUGGAGCACUUCCCUGGCAUAGAGGAGCCAGAGGAGCCCUGCAAGCUUAUUGAACGAAGUGUCUCAAUGGGUCGACUCAAUUUCCGUGACCCUGACUUCAACCACACAAGGAAUGGUGCUUACAGAAGUCGAGUGAGGGAGAGGUCUUACAUGUUCCAGAAGGACUGUGCCCAACCCCCACCAAAAAUCCUAAUUUCCUCUGUGUCAGAGGACAGAGGGGCCAUGUCACCCCACUUCAGACCGGCUGCAUCUCGCUCAUGGUCUACUGAAGACUUCUUAAUGGAUUCCCCCCAUAUGGAUGACAACUCAAGUAGUGUGGUUGAAGACCCCAAGGAACCUGACAGUGAAGUCUUACCCAACUCAAUCUCAAACUCCCCACAGCUGUCUUACACUCACUCGCCCACUGGCUCUUCAGUGCCUGAGUCAGUGAACACUGAGUCAGUAAUGGGCGAUUCAGCUAUCAGUUCUCCAGACUCCUGGGUGGAGAGUGAGUUUGGAGUGAUGCCAGAGAAGUUUUGUGAGAGUCGAAGUGACAGUUCACUGUGUGACAGCGGAACAGCCUGGGAUGUGUACCGUGCCACUCCUGUGGAGGUCACAACUCUUGAUGAAGGAUUUGUCCCCUCCAUAGUGGAUAGAGUCUCCGAUGACCAGUCGAUUACUGAGUCAUAUAUCGAUGAAGGGAUUUACUCAUUGACCUCAUUGGAGAGCACCCAGGAGAGGGUCCAAGGACGUACUGGGAAAAAUCAGAAGGACAACCAAGAAGUCAAAGAGAAAGAGGCAAACCUUGAGAAUCAUAACCAGGACUUGUCACUAGAACAGAUGCCUGGUCAGAAAGAAGUAGUCUCUAAGCAGAUGGAUACAAUUCUGUCUCAAAAAGAUGAAGUGCCCAGAGAGAGAGAACCAUCUUUUGGACUCUGUGAUGCAGAACAACUGGCCAAUUCUAGUGUUGGAGAUCUCCUUGAAACUGAUCAAACUAACCAAUCCCAACCCAGCCCCAACACUGAACUACCACCUCCUGACCAUAUUGAAGAACUCGUAGAGCAGACCAGUGUUGAAGCAAGUACUUACAGAAAACCGGAAGGUUUAAAGGAAGCUGUGGAUGUCACUGGGGAUGCGCAGGACGGUGAAGGACUAUUUAAUGGUCAAACUGAUGGUCUGAGUGAGAGAAAUAAUUCUGAAAAGGUUGAAGUGAAAACUGAAUGUCAGAAAACAGAUUCUUCUUUAGAAGAAAAAAGAGAGGAGUCAAGAGAUGAGUCAGAGAUUGUGAAGGAAGAGGAUGAGGGGGUCAAAGAAACACAAAGUGAAGCAAGUGAAGGAGUUCUAAGAGGCUACCCAGAUCCCCAAGAAAAGAUUAGCACAGAGACUUGUGAUGCUUUAGCAAACACACAUCCAACCAACCAAGGCGGAGAAUCAAUACCAAGUCCGGAUCCAUGCAUGGACAUAAAUAUUCCUCUCAUCUCCAUUUCCAGUGAGCCAGAAGAACAGGAUGAAGAGGAAACAUGUGGCCCAGAAGGACAAGAUCAUGUUGGGGAUGAAGAUGUGCCCCAGCCAGAGGCGUCUGAAAGUAAGGGAACUGGCACAGAUGUCACCAGCCCUGAAAAUCCUGACGAACUGAGUUGUGACUCCAAUGAAGAAGAUACCAGCAACCUUCCUGAGAUUUCUUCUUGCCCGAUAUCAAAUGUUAAAGAAAUAGCUCCGGAGCAAAUUACAGAUGGGCAUUUGGAUGAUACAGAUGAACAUGACAUCAGGAAUUCUUCAAAUGCAGACAUAUCUGGGCCAGACACUAAAGAUAACAUGGAAAUAAGUGAAGCUGAACAGGAAUCUCCUCACCAUAACUCUCAGACAGGGGACACUGACAAGGACUUGAUUUGUCAGUCUUCUACGGAUGCCGAAACUCAUCCUGUGAAUACUGAGCAGGACAUAAAUUCAACUGGUCAACCUGAUGGACACCAAGACAAACAAGGAGACACCAUUCCAGUCAACUUGACCGCCACCACACAGCAGAACACAGAUCCAGGUAACGUGCAGCCCAAUGGUAAGAUGGGGACUUUGUGUUUUGAACCAACUGUUGUGUCCAGAGACAUGGAUUUGUUUUAUACAGACUUUGACAGAAGUUCUCCCACAGAGGAUCUAGUUGGUGACCUUAUGGAGCCCAUGGAUCUGUUUUAUCCUGACAAAGAGGAGCCCAUGUUUACAGAGCCACCUGAUAAUGAAAUGCAGAGCUGGCCCUCUGUUUUGAGUGUAUCUGCUCUCGAACCAGCGCCAGCUUCAGAGACCCUGCCAGAAGACAAACCACUAAACCUGCUGGAAGAGGACUUCAGGAAUGGAGGGGAUUUAUUACAAGAACAGGACAAGGUGAUCCCUAAACUCAACCAGGAGAUUGACAAAGCAUCUGAACCCCAGGAACAGUGUUUGUUGCCUGAGAAGAUGGGAGGACUCUGGGGUGGUGAUGUUCCUUUGAAUGGCAGUGAUCACACUGAGGCUGAGCUACAGAGCCCAGGCUCUGCCAGGGAAAACACAGAGCCCGUGAGGUGUGACAGUAAAAGCUCAAGCAGACAAGAGGAAAGCCAGAUCCCUCCAGUUCUCCGCCACAGGAAGGGGGCUCGCUUCACUGAGGCCAUGGACAAUCAGACAGCCGUCACUGCAUUGACCAGAAAAGCUGACGACGCUGAAUCUGAUUGUUGGUGGAGUGACAGCUGGGAGCCAUAUCUGCUGCUGCUGCUGUGGCUGCUGCUCUAUUGUUUCUGGCUACUGCCACAGAUGGAUCUGAAGUCACUGCCCAGCCUGCUGCUUAACCUCAACCACUGAACACACACUGACACACACACACUGAUAUACAGACAUACAGGUACACAUACACACAUACACACACUGAUACGUACACACGUAAACAUAGUCACAUGGAAAAAGAGAGGAUUUUAUCAGUUACAAACAUAUACACCUUUAUGCACCAUCACUAAAAUGUAUAAACAAACAAAAACACACGUACAGCUCAACUGCCACUUCUCUUUCUUCUUCAGUACACUUAUUCCAGCUCAAGUGAAGGCGUUUAAAAGAUGUAUAUUUCAGACUACUUAUAUUUCAGCUUUUUUUAGUUUUUUGCUUUUUUGCUUUCGAUGUGGCUUGAAGUGAUCUGUAUGACAAAGUAAUAGCGCCACUGCUGGGGAUAAAUAAAAUCAUAGUGAUGUGAAAAUAAAGUAAUUGUUUCUACACAAAACUCAUAAUAUUAUGAGAAUGAAAUUGUAAUUUUACGGGAAAAAAGUAAUGUCAAAAGAAAAAAGUCAUAACUUUAUGAGGAAAAAGUCAUAGUAGUAUAAGUUGUAAUAUUUUGAAAGUGUGAAAAAAUUGUGAUGUUAUGAAAAUAAAGUAAUAAUCAUGAGAAAAGGGGAAGUCAUAAAAAGUCAAAUUAAGUUGUAAUUUUACAAAGAAAGUAAAUAAAGUGAUAAUGUUUUGAGAAAAAAACAAAUGUAAAAAUGUAAUUAUAAUUCUGUGGAAAAAUCGGAAUAUUUCAAGAAUGAAGUUGCAAUUCAACGAAAUCAUGAUUUCACAAAAAGAUAGUACAAUAAUAAUAAUAAUAAUAAUAAUAAUAAUAAUAAUAUCUUAAGAAUAAAGUUAUUAUUUCACAUGGAUAAAUCAUAAUAUUUCAAGAGUUAAGUCAUAAUUCUAUUGAAAGAAUAAAGGAAGGAAAAUUCAUACUAUUACAAAUUAAGUUGUAAUUUUAAAUGAAAGUAAAAUUGAGGAUGUAUUCUCUUUAUCUUUACAUCAUAUUAUUAAGACUUUUUCCUUGUAAGGCUGAGACUUAACUCAGCUCAAUAUUAUGACUUUCCUCCUAAAAUUAUCUUUAUUUGUGUAACAUUUUCUCCAAAAAUGACAAGUUCAUUCUCAUAACUUUGCCACAUUUUUCACAACAUAUUACUAUUUUCUUCUUGAUAUCUCCUAACUGUGACUCUAAUACUCCGUUGCAGAUCUGCUCCUGUUGUUUGUGGUUUAUUGCUGUGCAAAGCAGACAGAGGUGUAACGACUGUACAGCACACACUGAUUUGUAGAUAGAGAUAUAUACUAUGGAUGUAUGGAUGCACAGUUGCCUAUCUGAAAAGCCAUUUUAACCCAGAUGAAGAUGUUUUAAAGUGAAACUGCUUCGGGCUGAAGCAGGAAAGUGAAAACAAGAAUAUAAAUGAUAAAGCCAGGCUUGUACUUGUACUAUUGUAAAGAGAGCGAAUCAGUCUGAAUGAAGGGUGAUUUUGGAUUUCUGUUGCACUUUUAAAAGAGUCCACAAACUGCCAAAGAAAGUGUUGGAAGUGUUGAUACAGAGAGUGCACAACUCACCACAAGCCCAACAAUGAAAAUAUUGUUUUUAACACAUAGGACAUCUAGAAUAAUUCUUGUACUAAACCAUCACAUCCGCUCUAUAUUGUAUAAUAGUUGGGGCAGAAUAUGUAUUUGUAAUAUUUUAUGGCUCAUAAGAUGUAUGAAUGGAUUUCUAAAAAGUUUUAUGAUAAAGAAAUGUUUUAUGUGAUUCAGCUACGCUCGUCCAAGCCUGUCAAUGGGAAGAGAAUGCUUUACAUUGUAAUAUCUUUCUAUGUUAUUUUUGAACAAUGUCUGUAGUGAAACACUAUGACAAAGUGAAUAUAUUUCAUUUAUUUGAACAUCAUCUUCCUCAGUCCUCCAUCCACCAAGCACAAAUGUUGUUCACACAACAGCCCGUCCAGUGCGUGAAGUCUCUGUUUACUAUAGAGUAUAAAUAAAGCUCCUUCAUACACUGAAGGGCAGCAAAAAAGCCAUUCAUUCCAAUUCAGUACAAACUGGGUCGCCCUACAGCACAGUGCAUCAUAAACAGAGCUCAAGUGUGUGUGUGGAUGUGUUUUUGUACUUUUAUCCUUGUGAAGACUAGAGCUGUGUCCCCAUUCCAUGCUAUUUACUAACUGCACACAGUACAGAUUAUAGGAUAAUUGCCAUAGUAUACUGUCUGUGCAGUUAUACAAUACAAGAACUGAAUGUAUUGUUCUGUUUUGUACUAAUGGGAAAUGAUGCAAUGAGUGCAUCGACAGAUAUAAAUCAAACUGUUUGGAAAAAGCCACUGCCAAUUAAAUCUUCCAAAGAGGAAGCAACUUUAAUCUUGAAGAUUUAAUACUUAAGCAUUCCUGAUGUUUGAAACAGUUGACAAAAUGGUCUCAACGAAAAGUCCACUUCCAAACUUUUUCCAGAGCUUUCAUGCUUAAAUUUAAGCCAGCACAGACAAGAACAUUCUCAAAGAAAUGGCAGUUAAUUAAAUUACCAAAAAUCAGCUGACUCGCAUUAAAAAUGGCUCCUGGUCCCAAGGCAGUUGUCUGCUUUGUCUGCUUGCUGAUCCAGCGCUGCUCCAUUUGUGCAUUGCGUUUUGGCACAAUAGUGUUUCCACACUCAAAAAUCAAGCAGAUUUAGUUUGCAUAUUGACAUAUUUGACCACCUAAUUUUGUCACAGAUUCCAAACUUGGUUAAGAAUGAGUGUGUGGUAUAGAACUGGGACACAGCUAAGUUUUACACAAGACGUUUUGCUCAAUCCUCCCUUCAAUCAAUGGUUAGUUUAGGGAUAGGAUUUGAGUUUAGGGUUGUAUGGAAGGUCAAUGAGGCCAUGGAAGUUAUUAUGUUUUGUUUUCUUUGGAUUGUGGAAUAAUUAUUUUAUUAUCUUUUCAUGGUGCCAACUUUCUUCUCGUGAUCAUUAGAUAAAUAUUUGUGGGAUCUAUAAUUAAGGCAAAAAUAAUAAAAUGCAUACUUUUUUGCUUCCAUGAUUUUAGAGUGAAUCAAAAAUUAUCAAUGGUUUGUUUUUGUUCCUAUUGCUUGAGUUCAUUUGGAUUUGCGUACCCCUCUCCUGCCUUUUAAUAUGUAUACUUAGCAAACAUGAAGUAGUUUCUGCAGGGAUUUCUUUAUGUCAAAUCAAAGGUAUAAUUAUAGUGUAAAUGUUGACUAGCACAAGUACCCUGUCAAUCCCAAAUACUUUAAAUUUAGUACUGAAGGGGUAUUUCAGUGACUUUGUCUUUGGUUGCAGCUGCAGUCACUGUUACCUACUCACAUCUAUUGAAAUUUGUGAAUUUGAAUCUCAGAAUUUCAUAAUUUCAGUAAUGUUGAAAUUAACAUGAAAUUAUUUGACUGAUGACAAAACAAAAUUUAGCUCAUAAAAUAAUUUUCUCUGUCAUGAGAAAACGAACAUGGAUCAAUCAGAUCAAUACAGAAUAAUCAUCAUAAUAAUCAUAAUCAUUCUGUGAUCCAAGUACACAAACUAGAAAAAUAGUCUACACUAGAGUUUUUAGAAUUAGCAUACUGUACAUCAGGAUAGGCAUUAAAUUAAGUUAAACAUUCUUAUAGGUUGAAGAUUUAGAAAAAAAUUGGUUUGGGUUAGAUUUAACUUUAAGUUUAGAGUUGAACUUCCUCACAUUUAAGAUUAGAAUAAGGAUUAGAUGGGGUUAGGUUAGGGUGAAAGUUAGAUUUGUAAAAGGACUUUAAGCUUUUAGAACUGAGUUUAGAUGUGAGUGAAGUUAAAUGGGUACUACAGGCCUUUGUUUCAUUGGUCAUCCUAGUGUCUCUAGUAGAAAGCUCUCUCCAAUGCUUCUUUUCAAGUGAGGUUCAAGUUAAGUAAUUCGUGGCCUUUAGCAUUAUCCUAAAUGUGAAUCAAAAGUGAGUUCAUGUUCAUAGCGUGUCUUAACUUUCCAAGCUUGUUUAAGGGGCUGGAAAACGAUUGUAUGUACCAGAUGAACCUUUCAAUUACAAAAAUGUCUAUCUUCAUAUAAUGUUGACUACUUAACAUGCUGUAUGCUUAAGUGUUAUCGUGGACAGAUGAUUUUAGUCCUAAUUUUCCCAAGAUACACUGGGUAAGGUCACCUUUUGGCCAGAGUCCCAAAAUACUUUAGCAGUCCUUCAGAAUCUGGGACACAAGUUAAAGAGAGAGGGAAGGAAGUUUAUUGCACAUCUGUCCAUCCUGGGAGAAGGAUCUCUCCUCUGUUGCUCUUCCAUUUUUUUCCCCAUUAAGGGUUUUUUUGGGGGGAGUUUUUCCUUAUUUGAAUCAAGGGUUUAAUGACUGAGGCUGUUGUAUUGCUGUACAGACUGUAAAGCCCCCUGAUGCAAAUUUGGGAUUUGUGAUAUUGGGCUAUACAAAUAAAAUUGACUUGACUUGGUCUUUACAAGGAUAUAGUAAGACUGUGUGUGUGUGUGUGUGUGUGUGUGUGUGUUUGUGUCUCAAGUGACCAUGGCUACAGGACUAUACCAGCCACCCCCCACCGCCAACCACCUCCACCAAGACUCUGACCUAGUAAAAGCAUAUUAGCUUUUGUAUGGAAGCCUCAAGUAUACAAUCAUUCCAGUUGUUUCAACAGCACCAGACAAGUGCAAUAAAUGACAUCUUUUAAACUCUU